AUGUCUUCGGACGCUGAGAUGGCCGUUUAUGGGCCAGCUGCUGUUUUUCUUCGAAAGCCAGAAAAGGAAAGAAUUGAGGCCCAAAAUAAACCCUUUGAUGCUAAGAACUCAGUCUUCGCGAUCGAUCCUAAAAUCGCCUAUAUCAAAGGCACUGUUCAGAGCAGGGAAGGAGGGAAAGUCACAGUCAAGACAGAAAAGGGAGAAAAUGUGACUGUUAAAGAAGAUCAAAUCUUUUCCAUGAAUCCUCCCAAAUAUGACAAAAUUGAGGACAUGGCUAUGAUGACCCAUCUCCAUGAACCUGCUGUCCUGUAUAACCUCAAAGAACGUUAUGCAGCCUGGAUGAUCUACACCUACUCAGGUCUCUUCUGCGUCACUGUCAAUCCCUACAAGUGGCUGCCUGUGUACAACCCUGAGGUGGUUAAUGCCUACAGGGGCAAGAAGCGUCAAGAGGCUCCUCCCCACAUCUUCUCCAUCUCUGACAAUGCCUAUCAGUUCAUGUUAACUGAUCGUGAGAACCAGUCAGUCCUGAUCACUGGAGAAUCUGGUGCUGGAAAGACUGUGAACACGAAACGUGUCAUUCAGUACUUUGCAACAAUUGCAACCACAAGUGACAAGAAAAAGGAAGAGCCAGUCCAACAAAGCAAAAUUCAGGGCACCCUUGAGGAUCAAAUCAUCAGUGCCAACCCCUUGCUGGAGGCUUUUGGAAAUGCCAAGACUGUGAGGAAUGACAACUCUUCACGUUUUGGUAAAUUCAUCAGAAUCCAUUUUGGUGCCACAGGCAAACUGGCUUCUGCUGACAUUGAGACAUAUCUCCUGGAGAAGUCCAGAGUUACUUUCCAGCUGAAAGCUGAAAGAAGCUACCACAUCUUUUAUCAGAUUAUGUCCAACAAGAGGCCGGAACUGAUUGAGAUGCUUCUGAUUACCACCAAUCCUUAUGACUUCCACUUUGUAAGUCAAGGGGAAAUCACUGUUGCCAGCAUAGAUGAUCAGGAAGAGUUGAUGGCUACAGAUAGUGCCAUUGACAUCCUGGGCUUCAACAGUGAAGAAAAGACAGCCAUUUACAAGCUAACAGGGGCUGUAAUGCACUAUGGCAACAUGAAGUUCAAGCAGAAGCAGCGUGAGGAGCAGGCUGAGCCAGAUGGCACUGAAGUUGCUGACAAAGCUGCCUACCUCAUGAACCUCAAUUCAGCAGAUUUGCUGAAAGCUCUGUGCUACCCUCGAGUCAAAGUCGGCAAUGAGUUUGUCACCAAAGGUCAAACUGUCCAGCAGGUGUACAACAAUGUUGGUGCUCUGGCUAAGGCUGUCUUUGAAAAGAUGUUCUUGUGGAUGGUCAUUCGUAUCAACCAGCAGCUGGAUACCAAGCAGGCUAGACAGCACUUCAUAGGAGUGUUGGACAUUGCUGGCUUUGAGAUCUUUGAUUUCAACAGCUUGGAGCAGCUCUGCAUCAACUUCACCAAUGAGAAACUGCAACAGUUUUUCAACCACCACAUGUUUGUGCUGGAGCAAGAAGAGUACAAGAAAGAAGGGAUUGAAUGGGAGUUCAUUGACUUUGGAAUGGACUUGGCUGCCUGCAUUGAACUCAUUGAGAAGCCCAUGGGCAUUUUCUCCAUCCUAGAAGAGGAGUGCAUGUUCCCCAAGGCAACAGACACUUCUUUCAAGAACAAGCUCUAUGACCAGCAUCUUGGCAAGUGCAAGAACUUUGAAAAGCCCAAGCCUGGGAAAGGCAAGGCUGAGGCUCACUUCUCCCUAGUGCACUAUGCUGGCACUGUGGACUACAACAUCAGUGGCUGGCUGGAGAAGAAUAAGGACCCCCUGAAUGAGAGUGUCAUUCAGCUCUACCAGAAAUCAUCCAUGAAGACCCUGGCAUUACUUUUUACUGAUCGCCCUGCAGAUGCUGAGGGUGGUGCCAAGAAAAGUGGCAAGAAAAAGGGUUCUUCUUUCCAGACUGUGUCUGCUCUCUUUAGGGAGAACUUAAACAAGCUGAUGAGCAAUCUGAGGAGCACUCACCCUCACUUUGUGCGCUGCCUCAUCCCCAAUGAAACUAAAACUCCUGGUGCCAUGGAACAUGAACUUGUAUUGCACCAACUGAGGUGUAAUGGUGUGCUAGAAGGUAUCAGAAUUUGCAGAAAGGGAUUCCCUAGCAGGAUCAUUUAUGGUGACUUCAAACAGAGAUACAGAAUAUUAAAUGCAAGUGCCAUCCCAGAGGGACAGUUCAUGGAUAGCAAGAAGGCUUCUGAGAAGCUUCUUGGAUCCAUCGAUGUUGACCACACUCAGUAUAAAUUUGGUCACACCAAGGUGUUCUUCAAAGCUGGCCUUUUGGGUACUCUAGAAGAGAUGAGAGAUGAUAAGCUGGCUCAGUUGAUUACACGUACCCAAGCCAUGUGCCGUGGCUACCUAACGAGAGUGGAGUUCAAGAAAAUGAUGGAAAGGAGAGAGUCCAUCUUCACUAUUCAGUACAACGUCCGUUCAUUCAUGAAUGUGAAGACCUGGCCUUGGAUGAAGUUGUAUUUCAAGAUCAAGCCUCUGCUAAAGAGUGCUGAGUCAGAGAAGGAGAUGGCCAAUAUGAAAGAAGAGUUUGAGAAAACGAAGGAAGACCUUGCAAAGUCAGAAGCCAAACGAAAGGAACUUGAAGAAAAAAUGGUGUCUCUGAUGCAAGAGAAGAAUGACUUGCAACUCCAAGUCCAGUCUGAAUCUGAUGGCUUGGCAGAUGCUGAGGAGAGAUGUGACCAGCUGAUCAAAACCAAAAUCCAGCUGGAAGCUAAAGUUAAGGAGCUGACUGAACGGGCAGAAGAUGAAGAAGAAAUGAAUGCUGAGUUGACAGCCAAAAAGAGGAAACUGGAAGAUGAAUGCUCAGAACUGAAGAAAGACAUUGAUGAUCUGGAGUUAACACUGGCCAAGGUUGAAAAGGAGAAGCAUGCCACGGAAAACAAGGUGAAAAACCUCACUGAAGAGAUGGCUGUGUUGGAUGAGAACAUUGCCAAACUGACCAAAGAAAAGAAAGCCCUCCAAGAGGCCCAUCAGCAGACCUUGGAUGACCUGCAGGCAGAGGAAGACAAAGUGAAUACUCUGACCAAAGCAAAGACCAAGCUGGAGCAGCAAGUAGAUGAUCUUGAAGGGUCUCUGGAGCAAGAAAAAAAGAUUCGCAUGGACCUUGAAAGAGCCAAGAGGAAGCUUGAAGGGGAUCUGAAGCUGGCCCAGGAAUCCACAAUGGAUUUGGAAAACGAUAAGCAGCAGCUGGAUGAAAAGCUUAAGAAGUAA